AUGGCGGCCACUGCUAUAUGGAAGAACUUUAGGUUGGAUAAUGAGUACCGUCGUCUCAUGGGAGACAGUCCUUUCGUCCUAGAUUCUCGUCCUAAUGGAGAAGGUCGUCGUGUGGUAUCUGCUACUAACGUCUUCGCAGCGGAUGCUUAUGCUCUGCCUCUUGGGACCGACGCGAAGUUACGUGAGCUAUAUCCCAGUUUGGUGGAGUUAAGCCGUGAGAGUUGUUAUAUGCCCGAGUCCAGAUUAGAGAAAAUGGCUGCUGAACUAUGCAAGCCUCGUUAUCUUCCUACUGCUCCUACGGUACCGAGGUACUUCCCUACGACAGAACCCUUCGUAAUGGAUUCCCCGAUACCAAGGAGCCGCCAGGCGGAUCUGCGAUUGUCUCCACGGUUGGAUUCAUCCAGUCUCCGCCGCCCGGAUUAUCUACGUAGUGAAUAUGGAAGGGAACGUACUAACAUAGGUCAGGCUACGCUAUACCAGAGUGUAGACCGUUUCCCUACUAGGGCGGCCCACGUACCAUACAGCAAUGGUAAUAUCUUCGACGUUGACACUUACCGUACUGGCGUAUUUGACCACGGCCCUACUGGGUUAAACCACGUGGCGUUUACGCCUUUGGACCCUAUACGUCACGAUUUUAACUUCGACGGGGAGUUUUUGAGUGCCUUCAAGCCUGAAGGUGAACCAGGCAACGACUAUAGGGCGAUACAGACACCAAUACCUGACUAUGGUACACGUAAAGGACACACAAACAACUUGGAUACAUUGGUGUCUCCAUUCCCUUGGGAGAAGAACAUGGAUAUUCACCGUACUAACGAAUUCACGUGCACGCCCCGAAACCGACUACAUGACACUAGUGAGCAGCGCUAUCCCAGUUAUAUUUCUGGAAGGAGUAACCAGUAUAAUGGGUCGGUAGCAGGUCCGUUCCGUCGAUUCGAUGAGCCUAUGGGAAUAUUCGAUUCAAUGCCUCCCAGGAUAAAUACGGGUGUUGUGAGCGACUUUGUGCUUCGGGACUUCGCUAGAUCGCCCUUGCGUUCACUUAUGCGUGAUAGUGACCACAGUUAUGGCUACAAGCAUUCUCAUAUGACGCCUCGAGCACUUUACCACAACCUCAUCUAG